UUGGUAUACAGUUAUACACACGCAUAUACCACAAAAUUUAGAAAGAAAAUAAAAGUGAGUAAGAGAGAAACAAUCGCUAGGAGAGGGAGUUGUUCGCCGGAGUUUGCCAGGCUGAUUUUCACAUCUAGAAACGGAGGGUGAGACGGAACUGCAACUGCAACCAGUCCACUGCUGCCUUGCCGGAAAACUCCUCUACCGACGUCGUUCCGCUCGUCCGUCUUUGGUGAGGUGAAUAUUUAGAGACCGGAUUUGAGAAAGAGAAUUAGGAGCAUCAGGACUUAAGAAAUGCAUGGGCUGAUUCACUGUCUUCCGAUUGUUCUUUCCUGCUUCAAAGGUUGUGGCAACAAAGUUAAUCUUAAAGUUGUGAAGUCAUUUAGCCUUGAGAUGGUUCAUGGUGUGCCACAACAACAAAAUGGGUAUCAAACAUUUUAUUAUAAACUAGAAUCUUAUUCUAACUAUAAGAUCAUCAAGAGGUGGAGGGGGGUCCACUGGGCAUGGAGGUAUCAGCGGAUCCUGGGCCGAGUGAUCGUUCUGUCCUAACAUCGCAUGUAACACUUGAGAUUUAAUUUAAAUGGAUUAAUAGUACUACUCAUACCAACAAGGUGCAUCUCCUUUUAAGGGAGCUCAUUAGUCAAGAACUCCAAAGUUAAACGUGCUUGCAUGAGAGUAGUCUUGGGAUGGGUGACCCUCUGGGAAGUUUCUCAGGGCGCGCACGAGUGAGCAAAAAGUGUGCGGAAAAGGCUAGUGGCGGUUUGUGAGGACAGUACUAGAGGUCAGAAAUAACUACCUCGGGGCCGAGGUGUUACAAAUGGUAUCAGAGCAACCCUGCGACAGUGUGCUGACCCGUUAGAUAUUGGGCGGGCAGUUAGCAGAGGAGGAUUCUGGUAUUUGAUUGAGAUUUGAGAUUGGUUUAUGGGCAACGAGGACGUUGCGUUCCUAAGUGGGGGUGAUUGUAACACUUCAGGCUGACCUUCAGGGGUCAUCUCUGAGGAUGCCAUGACUGAGGGAGCAUUUCGUUUUUCUUCACGUGGACGCUGAUGAGGUGAUGAUACAGCAACAUGCACGAGCAUAUAUUUUGAUGAUGAUGGGAGCUUCCAUUUUCGAUGACAAUAGCGUAAAUGAGGUUCAAGUGCUGCACUUGCCUAUGCUAGAGAGGUUUGAUGUAGCAGCACAGUUCAGUUGGGGUAGUGCCACACUGGCUUAUCUCUACAGACAGCUGUGUCGCGGCUGCCAUAGAGGGAGCACAGAGGUUGGAGGAUUUUUGCUUCUUCUCUAGAUUUGGUCAUGGGAGUACGUCCACAUCGGGUGUCCCAUUAUAGUGGCAUGUCAUGGCAUUGAUAGACACCCACUGCCUGAUGAGCCUCCACGUCUCCUGGGACCACAUCAUUUACGGGGUGACGACCCUCUGGGCCGUCGAUAUGUUUUCAAUCGUUUGAAUUUAUGUUAUUGUAUGUUGAAUAUAAAUAUAUUAACAAUAUUCAUAUUAAUAUAUGCUACAUGAAUGGUUAGAUGGCUAUUUGCUGAUCUAUGUCGCACAUCAUCGGCUUCUGGGCUCGGAGUGUACAUGGAUGCAUUUGAUCGGAUGUCUGAUGAUCAGAUUACAUGGAUGCCGUAUACAGCUGAGAUGUUUGCAGAGUUACCCCCGCUGGACGAGAGCAUUCUCACAUAUGGUGAACACGCGUGUCGUUGAUAUGUUUUGACGUUGUUGAGCUUCAUUUGCCUGAUCGUGUAUUGCGACAGUUUGGGUAUGAGCAGGUCAUUCCAGCACCUAUCAACACAUAUGUAGACUCUCAUAGGUUGGAUAGGCGUGGGAAGCAUACGGAAUAUUGGGCACUCAAACAUGUCCAAUAUGUCACUGUGUGGGAGAGGCGAGCUACGCUUGUUGUGACUGGGACACUGACAUUAGUCCCAUCUGUUUCGGGAGACUACAUGGGAUGGUAUUACAACAUCACUCAUUUGUUUGUGUCUCCUUCAUUCAGACUCCCUACUCACCAUUAUCAACCUAGUUCCUUGGCUUUGCAUCUGACGACACGAGCUUUGCAGCGUAUACAUCAGCGGGCUACUAUCACAGUGAGUGAUACGCAUGACGUGGACAUGUACGGUCGGGCUUUGACGGGCAUCGUCUCGUUGUGUUCAGAUUUGUUGGGGCGAGUCAACUACGGUCAUCUUAUACAUAUGCCCCCAUCUCAGGAUAUGCCAUCGACAUUUAGUGCAGCGACAGCUUCAUCAUCCCAGACUCAGCAUGAGAGAGUGGUUCAUCAACCACUCCAGCGGCGUAGGCAUAGGCAGCAACAUCUCUAUGACCAAGACGAUCAAGAAUACCAUGAAAACUUGUAGUUUGUUUUUUGUAAUGGAGUUUUUCUUGUACACUAUAUGUUGUAGGAUGAAUUGACUUUAUUUUAUGUAUUUCCACCUGUAACCUCUUUUAUGAUGUGUUGAUGUGUUCGAUUAUGAAUAUUAGAUGACUACUGUGUUAUGA